CAUGUGCAAUCAUAAGUAAAUAUAUUUACAGGUUAGUCAUGUAAAUAUAUUUACAUUAGUCAUAUAGUUCCAGGUUAGAAAUCAGAAAGGGGGAAUGUAUCUGAGAAAGAAAAAACAACCCCAAAAAAGUGAAAAUAGUAUGCUUCAAUCUGCAUUUAAACGCCAUAGUUCUUUUGCUGGAUGUGGUCAGCAUUUUCAGUAAGAUGGAAGUUCUUAUUAAUGUUCUCAAAAGUAUUGGAUUCAGAGUCAAGAGCCUCACAAAAACAUUGUUUCUAAUUUCUUAGAUGGAGCCAAGCAGCUUAAUUCCCCUUUCACAUAAUGGUUGUCCUUGAGAAACUGGAUUGAAGGCCUUUCACCACCUUGUUGCCCUUUUCCCAAUAGUCUCCAACUUAAUGUCCUUCUUAAACUGUGGCAUUCGGAAUAAACAAAACUCCAGGAUGUCAGCAGCAAGGAAAGCCAGCCUGUUAAAUGCCAACCACUUAGCUAAUGACUUUUUUUAUGAUUCCAGUGACAUUUCCAUAGGAGAUAUGAGGAUAAAAGAAACUCAGAAUAGGGUCUUUAGAAGUGAAGGCCUUGAUAAGACAUCAUUUAGCCAAAGCAGAUUCUUAAAGAGGAAACAAAAUGCUGAUGAAAACCAGUUUUUCUUCAAGGAUAAUACUGUAAAGGAGAUAGGGAGCAGGACCUCUUUAAAUAGAUCAAUGACUACUGCCUCCAAGAUCAGGGCUAAUGCAGCUUUGAUGAAACUAGCACAAAUAGAAACUAAAAUUAUGAGCCGAAAGCUGCAGGUUGAUUUGUCUGACACUGACACAGAUGGGAAAAGUGCUGAUGGCCUUUCCCUGAAAAAUGUAAGUGACAUUCCCUGGCAACAUAGGGAUAAACUUCCCAUUGCCGGUAGCAAUGAAAGAGUGAAUCGGUUUCUGAAGAAGAAAGGUCCAGCUAUUGAAAAAAUAGCCAGUACGGUACAGUCUGGAAAUGUCAAGAAUUCUCAAUCACCAAAACAGAAAGAGCCGGUUGGAAAGUUGGUAUCUAUGGAUAGUGAUGAGGAGGAAAUGAAAUUGUUGCUGGGAAACUUCGUGAAGCCUUUUGAUGACAAAGAUGCACCUACGAAUGCUGUUCUUAUGAACACUAAACUUAAGGAGGAUGAAUAUAAGGCAUUCUCUAUGGAUGAGAUUCUGAGUCCACCAGGUCCAGUUUCUCCACCUAGUGAAGAAUUUUCCAGUCUCAAGCUUUUUCGAACAUUAUGUUUGCCUGAAGAAAGCUGUCAAGAAACUGCCUCCUGCAAUAGCCCUUCAAGAACUCCUUCCCCACAGAGUGGCUUUUCAGAUAACAAAACUUCAAGAUCACCAUCACUUUCAAUAAUGCAUUACUUUUCAAGGCCAACAUCCCCCAAAAUGCAGCAUAUAAAACUAGCAUUCUCACCUGGGGAGACUGAAAUUGGAUCAUUGGAUGAGUUGUUCUCUGAAGCAUCCAGUGAUAGCUUAAAUGAUUUUAAAAUAAAUAUUUUAUCCCUUGAUGAUUUGGCUCCAGUUGAUGUCAGUGAAAAAAAAGAACUCAGACAAAAAGAAGAAGAUCAUAGAAUAAAACCAUCAAACAAGGAAUUAAAGAGAGAUGUAUCAGUUGUAAAAAAUAUACAAAGAAGAAAUGUCAAAGAGAUGAGUCCAGAGACAAGUAUGAACAUUACUUCUCUUGACCUUGAAGAGGAAAGUUGCAUUGCAAGUGAAAUAUGUGAGGAUGUGAAUGAGAAGUCUGAUACCUUUUCUAGAGAAGAAAGUAUUUCCAGGAGAUCACCAUCUCCUAGACUGCAGGAAAAUACUAUAAACUCAGUAUAUUCUGAAGAUUUUGAAAAAUCAACAGCAUCUGGGCAGGCAACCUACUCCCAAGAGUCAUCAAACAAGACACCGGAGUCUUUGUCUGAGAGCCCUUCUCAAAGAGAUCUUAGCACAGAAUCAGGAGAGCCUGGUCCAAAAUGGAGUGAGAAUGUAAGGAGACUCUUAGUGAAAGAAGUGGCUGUUCAGACUUAUGAUCCUGCAUUCACCUACAGCUGGAAAAAAGAGACCAUGGCGACCAUUGGCCCAAGUUUGGGUAGAGCUUAUGUGGACCCUGAACCUAUUGCCACUCAUGUGAUUAGUGCAGAUGCAAUAGAAGCUCUGACAGCCUAUAGUCCUGCAGCCUUUGCUCUGAAUGACAUGUUAAAACAGCAGCUGACAUUGACAAAGCAGUUUAUGGAAACCAGCCGGUAUCUGCAUUAUUCUCUCCUGAAGUCCCUGGAAGAUGACACAUUCCAUUAUCAUACAUUGGAAGAAGUUAAAGACUAUAUUAGGAAGCACAAGUCACCACCACUAACAAUUGAGAAAGCUUUGGACGAAGUUCUGAAGGAAAUGUCGGAUCAUUAAAUGGAAUAAGAGAUUUGCUUCCAACAUAG